GCAAGGGCCAGCCAAAAUAUACCCCGCCAAGCGCGACGGCCGCGCGGGGUUAUCAGAUGCCGACGCCGUGACAUGGUCCUGCGUCAAGUCCCACGCGUUUCGACGAUGCAAGUGAGAUUGCACUUUCGAAUUUGCUCGUCGUCCAGCACCACAUCACCAAAACUACAGCAUGCAGCUCUCGCUUGGUCUGCUUGUCGCGGUCGCCGCGACCCUCGCCCACGCCGAUAAUGCGUGCGAGAAGGCGUGCACCAAGGAUAUGAAGCCGGUCUGCGGCUCGGACGGCGUCACGUACAACAACGAGUGCCUCCUCCAGAACGCGCAGUGCACGAACGCGACGAUGAUCGCAGUCCCGUGCGGCAACAAGGUCUGCGCGAUGCUCUGCGACAAGAUGUACGCGCCGGUGUGCGGCAGCGACAACAACACGUACAACACCGAGUGCGAGCUCAAGAACAAGGCGUGCAACAACCCGGCGCUGACAGUCGCCAAGAAGGGCGAGUGCGACCUCUGCCCCAAGGUCUGCAACGACGUGCUCAACGAAGUGUGCGGCUCGGACGGCAAGACGUACAACAACAACUGCGAACUCCUCAAGGCUGCGUGCGCCAAGCCGUCCGAGAAGCUCACGGUUGCGUCGACGGGCGCGUGCGGUGCCACGAGCGCGCCGACCACGGGCUCGACCCCGACCAAGGCGCCAACGACUGCACCGACGACCGCCCCCACCAAGGCGCCGACGCCUGCCCCGACUGCGCCGUCGUCGGCGUCCAUGGCGUCCAUCUCGGCAAUCGCGCUUGCUACGGUGGCCGUCCUCGCCAACUACAUGGCCUAAGGGUUUAGGGCUACGGCGUCGUAGCAACCACUGCCCAAUGAAGCAAUACAUGUCGUCCUUGCGUCCAUUUUUGAUCGA